AUGUCGACUUCAAUAUCAUUAUCAUCUAUACAAUCACAGCAUAUAAAUUCAUUAACUAAAUUGUGUUCCAAUGCAUUAGUUUUAGUUGAUACAAUUACAUUCGAAUGGUUUCGUGUAACAAAUCUAAUCGGACAUUUAUUUUGUUCAAUAGAUCAUCCAACAAUAAAACGAAUUAAUGAUCCAAAUCUAUUCGAAAAUAAUAAACAUACACGUCUAAUUAUUAUUCUUAGUGAAGCAAUAUCUACUGCUCGUUUAAAUGAGAUUUGUACUGAAGAAAAUUUUGAUUCAGUUAUAUUAUUAACCAGUUCACCAUCUAUAAUUGAUAUUAAUGAUAAAAAUGAAUCAGAAGAAAAUUUAUUCGAUAUAUUAGAAUUAAAAUAUUUACAAUUUCCUUUUAUUUCAAUAACAGAUUAUUUCUUUUUAAUUCCAACUCUUAUUCCCUAUAGAUUACCAACUAUUGAAACACUUACUUCACUUACUAAUGAACAAAUUAAAAUGAUGACUUCACUAGAUACGAAAUUUGAUAAAUUUGAAAUUAAAACAAUUCAAAUUCAUGCUGAAAUGUUAAAUACUUUAAUGGCUAGUAUGAAUGCACGUGAAGAUAUUUUUGCACUUGGUCCAUUAAGUCAUGUUAUUGCUCGUGAAUAUACACAAAUGGCAAAUAUUAAACAGAGGCGAAAAGGUGGUGAAAAUAAAAUAGCAUUAUUAUUAAUUGAUCGUCAUUUGGAUUUAGCAACACCAUCAUCUCAUCAACAAGAUACAUUACUUGCACAAAUAAUUAAUAUUUUACCUAAUAUACGUAUAAAAAGUUCUGAUGGUUGUCAUGAACGAACAAUUGAUAUAAAAGUUGAUACUCGAGCUUUAGUAAAGACUUCAUCAUCGAAAUCUGAGAAUGAUUUUAAUUCAUAUUUAUUUGCUGAUAUGAAACGAAGAGUAGAGAAUAUAGAUGCUAAAUCAAUAUUUGAUAAUAUUAUUUAUUCAAAAUCGAAAGUAGCAACAACUGAAGUAUUUACUCAUCUUCUUGAAUCUCUUAUUUAUAAUAAUUUGGAAACAAAAUUGAAAUCGGUUAAAGUAUCUGCUGCUGCUAUCAGUGCUUGUCUCGAAAAAUUUCGACAAUCACCAAUAACUGUCUGUAAAAAUUAUGAACUUCUAGUCAUGUCUUGUUGUUUAAUGCAACUUAUGGAAUCUAUUAGUCAAAACCAAAAAAUAGAACGCUUAGUUGGUCUUGAAAAAAUUCUUGUACAAGGAUUAACAACAAAUACUGGUCCUAGUUCCUAUUCCAUUAUAUUACAAACAUUAAAAGAUGAUUUAAGUAAACCAGAACAACAACGUCAAUUAAAACUCAUGGAUUACGUUAUUCUUCUUGUUCAUAUUUAUUCUCUUGCUGGUAAUGAUGUCUUUUAUGGUAAAGAAGAAAAAGAUCGUACACAUAAAUUAAUUGGAAAAGAAAUUCUUAAUGAAUCAUUAUUUACAAAUGAUCUUCGACAAGAAAUGAAAACACUUGGAUAUUCUCUAGAGAUUGAACAUGCUCUUGAUGUUAUCUAUCAACAAUUAGAUUUAUUAUUAUCGUAUAAACGACGUUAUAAAUAUUUAAAUUCACUUAUUGUUGAUGGUCAUGACGAACAACCGAAUUAUCGACAAUCAUUACUUAAACAAAUCUUGGAUUUAUUUAAAAUAUAUGGAAAUUUAGGUUCAUCGCCUUCAACAGUACAACAAGAACAAUUGAUGCAUGAUAUUGAACAUGUACCAUUUGAUGGUUUAACUGAUUUUUUUCGAAGUGCUGCAAGAGGAUUAUUUGGUGAUACAAAACCAAAUUUAAUUAGUAAUGAUUAUUCAACUAUUGUAAUUUUUAUUGUUGGCGGUAUUACAUCACAUGAAAUUCAACUUGUUCAACAAUAUAGCCAACAAAUUAAAAAGCAGAGAGAUUGUUCGUAUCAUAAAAACAUGUUUCGUGUAGCUAAAGCUUCUUUUUCAAAUAAACUUAUACGAUCUCAAUCAUCAACAUCAAUAAAAGCUAAAAAAUCCAAUCAACGAAUAAAUAAAACUACGGAAAAUAUUCUACCAAUACGUAUAAGUAGUUCAAAAUAUGUUGCUGAACAACGAUCGAAAGCUCGUGAUAUUGUAUUAUGUUUACAACGAAAAAAUAUAAAAUUAAUUGCUAUUGAUUUUGAUAAUACAUUAUUAUCAAUACAUACAAGUGGUUAUUAUCAAGGAACAGUUGAUAAUUUAAUUGAACAUAUUCGAUCAACAUUUUAUUAUUUUAUUCAAGAAAUUCUUGAUUUACCCGCAUUUGGUCAUACACUUCAUUUAUGUAUUGUUACAUUUUCAUCACAAGAACAACUUAUACGAAAACUUCUUCAAUUAGCAUUUAAAACUUCUAAAAUAGAUCAAAUUAUAUUACGAUGUAAUACACCUGAAUUUAUCUCAACUAUGAAUGAAAAUGAUUUUCUUGGAAAAGAAUUUCAUUUAACAUCUGUUGUUACUGAAUUAGCAACACAACGUAAUAAAACAAUAAAACAACAUGAAAUAUUAUUACUUGAUGAUGAUGUACAAAAUAUUUUAAUUGCAGAAAAAUUUGGUCAUAAAGUACUUGAAAUUCGUGAUGGAAUUAAUUUAGACAUUUUAAAAGAAUUUGCUUAUAAUGUAUUAUCUGAAUGUUAA